AUGAUUGAUGAAACUUUAUAACCAAUAUAAAUUAAAAAUUGGACUCAAGGUUUUCAAACUCAACUAAGAACAUCCACCAAAAGAACCCUGAGUAGAUUGAAAUCAAUUGAAAGCAACACCAUUUCACAUGACCCAUCUUCAGAUUUGUCAACUAAAUUCAAAACAAACCAAAAAACAAUUAAAAUACCUGAUAGAUGCAUCCAUAGUUAGUAUGCCAGCAGAAAGAUAUCAUUCAAAUAAAAAUAAGCCACUCAGACCAUCUUUCAACAGCCAUUAUGCAAAGCUCCUCUGUAUAUGCAAUUGAUUCCAUUUUUUAAAGUUUCAGCCCAAAGUUGGGCCAUAUUCAACGGACACACUGGAGAAUAUAUCACUGGAUACAAUUAAAAUAAAUGCAGAUAAAUAGCUUCGAUUACCAAAAUUGUCACUUGUAUUGUAAGUUUAAGGUUAGCGAAGGAAUUAAAUUUGAACAUAGAUCGAAAACGCUUUUUUGUUCCAGAUUAAGUUAAUUAAUUAAACUAAAUAGGCAUAAAAAAUAUCUGGAACUUCUGCAGGGUUAUUGAAAGGAGACUCUAUCUUUUUAAGAGACCUCCUUUAUGGAUUGAUGCUACCAUCAGGUAAUGAUGCUGCUGUCACACUCUCUUACAAUUUCUAACUAUACUCCUUAGAAAACGAUCACUUCUUAAAAGAAAUGAAUCGAUUUGUCCAAGCCUUAGGAUUAUCCAACACAUAAUUUAGUAAUGUUCAUGGUAACCAAUACAAUCUAUAUUCAAAAGGACUUUGCAACGAAAACAAUUUCUCCACAGCAUAUGAUGUGGGUAAAUUUACAUACGAGAGUUUAUAAAAUGAAUAAUUCUAAAAAAUUGUAAGAACCUAAUCUUAUUUUUGUGAAACUCCGAAUUAAUUACAAAACACCUCCAGAGAAUUAUACUGGGAGAACACCAACAAACUAUUGCAAUAAGGAUUCAAAGGAGUCAAGACAGGCAUAACAAAAGAAGCAGGCCCUUCAGUUGUUGAAUAUUUCUAGGACUCAACUAAUUCCUAUAUAAUAGUUCUACUGAAUUGCAGUUCAAGUGAAAAUAGAUGGACAGAUGCAUUAAGACUAUUAUAAUGGAUUUAGAAACAGGAUACUUUGAUUAAAUAAUUUAUAUGAAUUAC